AGAAUCUAUGAGUUCAACUGAAGACAAACCUAAAGAUAUAAUUAAAUUCACUCCUGAGAAACUCUCAGUAGAUGAAGUCUCACAAUUGGUGAUUUCUCCUGUCUGUGGAGCAGUAUCUCUAUUUGUGGGGACUACAAGAAAUAACUUUGAAGGGAAAAAAGUUGUUAGCUUAGAAUAUGAAGCCUAUGUACCAAUGGCAGAAGCUGAAGUUAGAAAAAUAUAUAAUGCUGUUAGACAGCAGUGGCCAGUCAAGCACAUAGCCAUGUACCAUCGGCUUGGGUGA